AUUUGUCAUUAUUUCUAUAAAAUGGCGGCCGUUGUUGUUCAACCAAAUGUAAGCGAUUAUUUAUCGAAAAAGCAGAAAGAAAGUGCCAAAGAUUUAGCGUCAGAAUGGAGCCAAAUGGAGGAAUUACAUAACAAAAAGUUAUGGCAUCAACUCACUUUGAAACUUUUGGAGUUUGUGAAAAGUCCCUCUCUUCAAACGGGGGAUAAUCUAAUUCAACUUUACAACAAUUUCAUUUCAACCUUUGAGAAUAAAAUCAAUCCGUUAUCAUUGGUCGAAAUCUCCGCCUUCAUAGUAGAACAAUUCAAAGACAAAAAAGAGGCCGUAGCGUUCUUAGAAAAGCUCCAAAUCAAAGUUAAGGCAAAUUCCGAUGCUGAAAGUUUGUGUAAAGUUCUCGCCGGUCAAAUCUAUUUGGAAAAAUUAAAUGAUUUAGAUGCAACAAAAAAAAUAAUCGAGGAAGUUGAAAUUACCUUAGAUAACGCCGAUGGAGUUACAGCCGUUCACGGAAGAUACUAUUUAUUAGCAUCGCAAUAUUAUCGAAUUUUAGGGGAUCACGCCCAAUAUUAUCGAACAGCCCUCCGAUACUUAGGUUGCAUCGAAUUGGAUACAUUAACUGUUGAAAUUCAACAACAACACGCUUUUUAUUUAGGGUUAGCAGCCCUUUUAGGCGAAGGAGUUUACAAUCUAGGCGAGUUAUUAGCCCAUGCGGUACUCGAAACUUUAAAACGUACCGAAAACGCUUGGCUUGUCGAUUUAUUAUACGCCUUUAAUUCCGGAAACAUAAACAAAUUCGAAGCUAUGCGCCCCCAAUGGUCAAAAAUAGCCGAUUUGUCCGCGCAAGAAUUAUUUUUGCGCCAAAAAAUAUCGUUGUUGUGUUUGAUGGAGAUGACUUUUAAAAGACCCUCGCAUGAUCGCCAAUUAACGUUUCAAGAGAUUUCGAUGGAAACAAAACUACCAAUUCAAGAAAUUGAGUUGUUGGUGAUGAAGGCGUUGUCGCAGGGUUUGGUUAAAGGGGCGAUUGAUCAAGUUUCUAGCACCGUGAAUAUGACUUGGGUGCAACCAAGGGUUUUAGAUCGCGUUCAAAUUGCGAGUAUGGUCGAACGGCUUAACGAGUGGUGUAAACAUGUUGGUACGAUGGAGAAUUUAUUGGAAGAGAAAGCUUCUGAGAUACUUACGCUUUAAUUUGCUGAUAAUGUGUAAUUUUGUCGAUUUAUUAUAUUUAAAUGUAAUUAAAAUAAAGAGUUUUGAUUAAAAAGUUUGCAUAACCA